GCAUACCCUAUGCCUCUCCAUUCAUACACGGAUUUGAGGCGCUGUCGGUCGUGCUCUGUGCGUGCGGUCCGUUGUGGUUUGUUGCGCUAGAAGCAGAAAUCGUGCUACCCGAGCGCUGCUGCAGCAGCUCAUCAUCACAAGCGCACCACAACCCGUUUGUUUUGUGUUUGCAAAAUCAAAAAUCGUGCCAGUGAGUUUGCAGUUGGUGACACGCGUAAACGGCGUAACAUUGUCUGCCGUUGGUUUUUUAAUAUCCGUUUUUGUAAUGUAUUGUUGUUGUGUUACUUUGGUUUUUUGCCGACAAGUGUACAGCGUGGUAGCGUGAACGUGCGUGACCUGGCGUGAAGUAAGAAAAUUUUGCUACCCAUUUCCGAACACUGUAGUGCGCGAUCCACACCUUCGCUAAUUUUUUUUUGCCCCCGUCGUCUUGUUUGGUGUGUGGUGUUUAAAUAUUUUCUUCACUCCAGUGUCGGGGUUAGCUGUGCAGUGUGUGCACACCACACCCGUACGUGUGUGCGUUGGCGCGGUCGCAUUCCGCCAAAGCAGCAACAGCAACAAAAAUCUCUCGCGUAUCGGCUAAGCUGUGCACGCGGCGAGAGUGGGCGACAGUGGGUAGUACAGUGGUGGUCACAAAACGGCGACAGCUUACAAUCGUUGUGAAAACCUCCUCCCCCGUGUGGCCUAAAGGAAGCAUAUACAAGCGCGAGUAAACUACCUGUGAGGGAGAAGAAGCGCAAACAAAACGAAAAGCAAAAAAAAAAAUCAUCCCCCUUUAUCCAAGCAAACCCCGUAGUGUAUACGUGAUCGAACGACAAGAAAAAAAAAAGAGGCGCCGCCCCAAUCCACAUCGUUCCACCCACAGUGUGUGCCGUGUGUAUAGUGAAGGAGCGUUUUUUUUUUCUUCUGCCAAUUCCAAACCAAGUGGUGGGUUGAUCAUCAUCACAUACUCACACAUUCACACGCAAACACACAUACACACAGAUGGGCACACAAACACAAGCGUAACCACGGGUAGCAUGUUCGCAAACUCCCCAGCGGUGCCGUCCUAGUGCAAUGCGGUGCAGUGCGGUAAAGAUGCACGUGAGGCAAGUGUUUCGCUGCCGAGCAGCCAACACAAAACGCAUCCUAGCAGGCAGCGACUGUUGUUGAUCACACAAUCGAGCCCAAGCGUUUUGUUGUUCCAGCAAGCAAUCCGGAAGUAGGUAGGAGCCUUUUUUGGCGGUGGGGAGGCCCUUUGGCCGGAAAUUUGGCCUCUGAGGACGGCAACAAAUCUGAACUCCUCAACAACAACACACAGAAAAAAAAACCUCCCGAACGCGAGAGCUACAGAAUGUAACUUCACACUCCUCUCCGACACUGUGUGCAAAUUUUGCGUUCGUGCGUGCGUGCGUGUACUGUUUGGUAUGUGUUUGUGCCUGUGUGCUGUGCAACCGAUCAGUUGUCAGUUCCUCCGCAAAGAAGGUGGCAAGCAAACCAUUUUCCAACCGGAAAAUAUCCCUACCCACAUCCGUGUGAAGGUGUGUUUGCAUCGGAGUGGGCGGUGUGUGCGUGUUCCUGUAUGUGUGAAGAAUGGAAGUGAAGUGAAUAGUAAGAAGUGUUUGCAAUAAUCAUUACACCUGCAGAAAAGCAUCCACACAAAUCGAUCCUGUUUUGCGAAGCUAGUUUCUCCAUAACGUUUACCAACGAUAUGUAGUGCUAAAGUGUGCUAAAGUGUGCUAAAAAAAGGUGUAAAUAUAUAAUUACACAUACCUACCGAAAAUGUUUUUUUUGUUCAAGUGCAAAAGCUCUCUUGUCCACUUUGAAGGCGAUGAAGAGUGUAUGUCGUGCUUUCAUCCAGAAGCAAAGUGAAGCAACAUCAUACGGUCACGGCACAUCAAAAAAAGGGUGAAAAUUUAUCAAAGAAAAACCACCUUCCCCUUUUGCAACGAUAACCCCACCCCAGUGGUAGGAAAAUUGAUCCUUCGGCUCACAAGAUCGGUUUUUUCCUGUGUGUACUACGAUCUUGUUUGUGGUGAAUGAUAAAUGGUGAUGGUGUUAUGAAAUGUCAACGAGGCGUUACGUUUUGCGGUAAAAUAGUGCGUUACGCAUCGAAAGUAAGGGAAGAAUUUCAUAGCAAAAGUGGUGGUGCUAUCAGUGGCUAAUAAGCAAGCAAAAGUUUAUUCAACAAAAGCUGCGAAAGAAGAGCGAAAAAAAGUGUGUUCGCUUUUUGAAAGAUAUAUCCAAAGAUAUCCAUUCGAAAGUCGACCUACCGAAUAGUAGUAGCAGCAGCAGCAGUGUUGCCAAGUUUUUUAGUGUGUUUCGCAGCAGCUGUGUGGUUUAUUGUUUACGGAAAAAGAAGUGUGUUUGUGUUCACCUGUCCGUGUAGUGCGUGGGCAACCUUUUUUUUUGGCAUCAACAGCACAGUAAAACACCCAGUGCUUUGCAAGUUUGAUCAGAGUGGAUCAAAAUAGAAGAGAAAAAAAAAUAGAAGAAAGGGUGUAUUCGCUAGUGUUCGCUUUACUUACACGUUCGAACGAGAGGAAGAAAGUGUCCAGCCCGCAGCAGCACCAUUCUCAAACGGAAGCAAUCAACGGUGAAGGUGCGUCCGUGUUAUGCGAAAAUUCGGCAGCGGAAAACACAGCGCAUAAAGAUCACACCAACAAACCCCCAGCAAAGCACAGCGAGGUUAAGAACCACUAGAGCUGAAACACGGUGCGGCGUCCGUUUGCGGCUUUGCGACGGAUCAAGCCUUUAAACGCCGAGAUUCACCGUCUUUAAUUGCUUAUUCAUUAUAAGGCGAUUAACAAAACGAUGACGACGGAUUUUGGUGACCUUCGGCUGAUGAAGACGAAGCAGAAGCAGACGACAAAACGAAAACUUAUCCGCCACGUGAAGGAGACGUUUCACUGUGCGCAUCAGCAGCAGCAUUAUUCCUAUCGCUACCAAAGCAACGGUAACGGCGCAACGAACAACGCAUUAAACAGCAGACGAAGAACGAAACCAUCGACGAGCAGAACGAGACGAACGUUACGGUUCCGAAACUAUCCUACAGCGACGAACGAAGAAGAAGAACGCCGUUAAAUCUUAUUGCCCAUUGCCCACUCCCAAAAAGACCAGAGAGAGCGUGCUGCGUCCAUUCAAUCACCGGCAACACAGACGUACACAACAAUACUCCCUGAAGAGCGACCACAUCGUCAAAUCUCGAAAUACAGACGCAAACGCCCGAUCGCGACCGAUCGCGGGUGGGUGUCUUCAUGGAUCGGCGUAAUGGCGGCACUAGUUUGGCGCCCCCAAGGCCCCCAAAAUCGUUGCCCCGCGUGCACCGCCCCCGGGCCCCGGAUCCAAACAGCAACAAUGCAUCUUUGCCGGUCCCUUCGACGGCGAUGAUCGGCAUGAUGGUGGUUGGUAACGGGGCAACCGGCACUGGGGGCCACCUUCAGCAGCAACAGCAGCAACAUCCCGCCACGUCACCGCCGACGCAGCCACCACAACUGUCACCAAAACCGAGACACCUGAUCGGUGGAAGCGUCAGCAGUAGUAGCAGUAGCAACAACAGCAGCAGCAGUAGCGUCGUCCUAGGUAGUAAUAAUUUAAGCAACGGAAACGACAACAGCAGCAACCUAGCGCGUAAUAAUAUCAGCAGCAACAGCAACAAUAAUAUUAGUAAUAAUAAUAUUAACAGUAACAAUAAUAACAAUAAUACUAUUUUUAUGAAUAAUAAUCCUCAUAAUCAUACGGCCGUGGCCACGAUGGCGCCCAGCGGUGACAGUAAUUUUAACAGUGCUAGCCUAAUAAGUAGCAACGGUAGCAGUAGUAGAAGUAAUAGUAGCACUAGUAGCACUAGCAAUAGUACCAGCACUAGCAGUAGGAGUAAUCAUAGUAAUCUAAAUAAUAAUAGCAGUAGUAGUAGCAGUAGUACGGGUGGCAACAACGCCCGCAACGGCAGUAGUCAACAUCAUCAACAUCAUCAGCCUCCCCAUCUGCAUCAUCAUCCUUCUCCUACGCCUCCACCUCCCCAUCCGCACCAUCAUCAGCAUAAUCAUCCGCAUCAGCAGAGCAAUCGAAGCAUUGGCAGCAACUCGUCCACGUUGUCGUCGGUAUCGUCCAGCUCGUCGACGGUGGCACUGUUGAGGCCGCACCAGAUUGCACCGCUCGUACCGCUCCACUCGCGAUCGGCAACACCACCCCCACCACCAUUGCCACCGCACCAGCGGCCCACAUCACCGGCCGGCAGUGUGAGCGGUAAUAGUACCGGCAGUACCUUUGCGCGCCGUCGCCUUAGCCCGGCUACGACGAACCCGCCUUCGCUACAUCAUCCGCAUCUUACAAGUAUUCCGCUCGGGUCGGGUAAUGAACCGACAGCCACAUCCGGUGGUGCGCCACCGGUUUUGCUACUUCCCGUCGAUCAACCGAUCGUACCCGCCAACAACAACACGAACGCCUCCAACCCGACCACGCCUGUUACGUUGGCCGCACCGCGACCGGAAAACGAGCGGCUCGCGAACGAGUAUGUCGAUACACCGUUCGGCCGGAGCCAUAACAAUGGCACUACGAUCGGUGGUGGCGGUGUGCCCAACAUUCCAUCGACCGGCGGACUAGUGCCGGGGUUGCAGCAGACCAUCAACCAGCAGCACCGCAACCUGUCGCUGCUCGUUGCGGGCGAUACCGUGGUGGUGCCGGUCAUUACGGGACAGCCACGGCCAACGGUCGAUCGAACGCGAUCUCCCAUCAUUGGGAUCGGCGGCAACAGUGAUGCGAUUCGGGUAGUGAAAAGUACCGAAGGACGACACGGCAUCACGACGACGACGACAACGACGACCGGUACCGUCGGUCAGCCGUUAACGAAUGCGAGCAGUAUUGCGCGCGGUUCAAGCAUCAUCACCAAACAGCCGACGAAGAAGAAGGACGGUUCGGAUCGGCACGAGCUGCUCGAGCUGGAACUGCAGCACCAUCAUCACCAUCAUCACCAUCGGCAUCAUGGCCGGUCGGCGAUAGCGACGGUCGGUGGCACCAGCCCUGGUGCACUCGGUACGGCCGGUGUGCCCGGAUCGGACGGGUUGAUGGGGAUCGGAUCCAUCACCUGCCCUCGCUGCCGGCGGUGCCGAUGUGAAGAGUGUCAAAAGCCACGACCCCUACCGUCACACUGGCUCUGCGACAAAAGUUGCCUGUGCAGUGCGGAAACGAUCAUCGACUAUGCGUCCUGCUUGUGUUGCGUGAAGGCGCUCUACUACCACUGUUCGAAGGAGCACGAGUUCGAGCGGGAAGUGAUCGGUCCGGACGGGACGAUCGAAACGGAAACCGUGUCCUGUGCGGACGAUCCCUGUUCCUGUGUGCCGCACAAACGUACGACCCGGUGGGGCUGUCUCGGUGCACUGUCGGUUGCGUUGCCUUGCCUCUGGUGCUACUGGCCGAUGCGCGGUUGCGUCGCCAUCUGUGCCCGCUGUUACGCCAAACAUUCCCGCCACGGUUGCCGUUGUACGCAGCAUCCGGCUAUACCUGCCGGCAGCAAUAAUGCCGGUGGCAUUCUCAACGGUUCAAUGUUUGGCACGGAGCUAAUCGGUGGUCCCGGCGGCGGCGGUGUUGGUGGUGGCGGUCUCCAUACGGCCGGCCUCCAUGGGCAUGAGCUGCGUACGAAAGGUGAUCCGGCCGACGGUGAUUCAACGCUGCAGCAUCUACACCAUCAGCUGCGGCACCAUCUGCACCAUCAGCAUCGAUCGGUCGAUGCGUCGUCUAACGAUUUGACCACGCCCGAGAAACGAUUGCUCGAUACCAGUACCGAUACCAGCUACUGACGGUGGUGGCACUGUUGGUCGGAUACCGACCAUAUGCGGACCGUUGGUGACGAAACGGAUGGCGAGGAGGAGGACGACGAGGACGAUGCUGUUGGUUGUUACGAUCGGGAUGCGUACGUCGAUGAGCACGAUGACGAUGAGGACGAUGAUUCGACGAUGAUUAUGAUGAUGUUGCACCUGUAGAAUGUGAAUCCAUUUGUGACCCACAUUGUUCCGUUCCUUCACCAUCUUUCCUCAUUGCUAACUACUGCUGCUGUUACUGGUUACUGGAUCUUUCUGUGUACGCGAUUGUUUCCAGUACGUUCCAGGCAACAAAACCCGUGUUCCGAGAGUGGGUGUGUUUCUCCUUAUCUUACCACUCAUUUUCCUUUUCCUGUUCCCUGUCGGCCAACUACCAUACACACAAAGCAAGAUCCUUUCAUUGUGGAUUCUUCAUUGAAGAUCUCGUCUUCAAAGGUAAUGGGAUAUAGCUAAAUGUUGCAAGAGUUACUUACUUGUUGAGUACUACAAUCGCUUAGCAAUUUUGAUCUACUACUGAAGAUCGGGAAUGAUAUUUGUUGUAAAUUAUUGAGGAAAUCCCAUCAAUAUAACACUUAAAAGGUUUUCAACUUUGGACAGCAUUCAUAUCUCAAAUAUGUAGGUGUAGGACUCCUUGUCGAUGUUGAUUUGUGACACAAGAUAGGUGAAGCUUUGGAAGACUUCAAAGUUAUCAUCAUCUAUCUGUGGCAUCAUCUAAAGGGCACUGCGAAUUUUCCAUGGGACAUUGUACAUUCUUGGAGUUCUAGUUCGUUUGGUCAGGAUUGAAAAAGCGUUAUGUCUUAAAGUUGAUCAUUCUGUCAUGUUUUCCAGGAUUCGCCGUAUGGUGAAAAUCUCGAUCAAUCUGCUUAAAGAAGCCGAAACUGCAAGUUUUUGAUGUUUGUUAAGAAAUUGUUUCAUUCAUUUCUUCUGUCUGCUGCCUGCUGUCUCUCGACAGCUGUGGCGGAUCGUUGCACGAACCAGCCAGGAAAAUGAAGAUCGCCCUUCCUCUGGAGAUCAUUCGUUAUCAGCCUUUUUACAGUGCGUUCCAUCACCAAAAACGGAUGUCGCUUCUGCCGCUUCCCAACUGGUGUUGAUGGAACCCACCAAAGGAACGGAAUAUUGGAAUGUAGCAUUAGAAGAACCUUUUUUCCUUCGUUCUCUUCUUCCUCUGUUGUGGAUGUGAAGGAAGAAUAUCUGCAUCAAUGGAUAAGAAGGAGAUAUUGAUUCCCUCCCAUUUAGGACACAUGGCCAGCUCGCGUGUGUACCACCUUUUUUUUUACGUCGCUGCAGAUUUGAGGAUUCUUUUUCCACGUACCUGAUCGGAUCGGAUCUGGAAACCGAGAAUAGCACAAAGCAGACAGCAGCAACAAAAAAGUCCUCGCCACGAAUUCCGAUCAGGAUGCGUCCUCCUCCCUUAUGGUGGAUGCGUUACCAUCUGGUGCGAAACAAAGCUUAACACCGGAGAUAUGCGGGUCGUUGCAGCAUCACACACAUUCUUGGUAUUGGGAAAGAAAAACAAAAUACCCGUGUACAUCAUGCACUCUCAACUGCAUGCACUGUGCAGAGCAAUCGGAGUAAGCAUUGGGUUUUCGUUCAUUGGUUUCGGUGUGUGUGUGUUGAUGGCAUAUGAUGGAAGCUAACGUUGAGAGUUCGUUGCAUAUUUUGUAUCGUGGAAGAAAUGAUGUUGUGUAAGUGUUUUGUGUAUGUUUUUUUUCUCGUUUCCUUUUUUUCUCCUCUGUUUUGACCAUCUUUUACAUCGGGUUUGAAACACCCCGGUGCUCAUAUUUCCUCAAAAAAAAUACAUUGUCCUUUUUUCUGUUGUUUUAGAAUUGCACAAACACAUACGCAACAAACAUGCCAUGGAACUGUGUGUUUGCUAGAGCUAUGUUUCCUUUUUCUUUUUCAUUCCCGCCAAAAAUGGGAAAGGGUUUCUACUUUAUAUCCUUCAUAUCAAAUACGCAUCGAAAAACGAAAAACGGUGUUUGUAUGUGUCAGAGGUUGACUUGGGCGGAAUUGGUUGGUUGGAUCUCGCAAACAAAACAAUGUUCAUCAAACUUUUCUAUCGCCGAACGAAAACACGUGCGUCAUCAGCAGCAGGAUUGCGUCGGACAAAUGCGGUGCAGAGCUUGGGCGCACCCGCCUGUGGUGUGUGUGUGUAUCUGUUGCUUUUUGGUUCAACACUCUAUAACUUGCCAAAAACGCUCAAUCUUCUAAUUUUAUUUUCGAUGCUUUUUAAUAGACUUUUGGCAAAAUGUUUCACCCCUUUCCAUACUCCUCUCCCUACUACCGGCCAUUGCCUUCUCCUAGGAUAAGGAUGACGGUGGGAUCGCGCUACGUGCGCAAAUGCGCGUUGUGAAAUGUUGCGCACCACCAGGAUGGUCGCGACCGCCGCUGGGAAAAGGGCAGUUGAAAAUUUAAAAAUAAAAUUCAUUCAUAAAGUUUCCUGCUUCCUUCACUCGUGCACAGCACGGGGGCACACAUCCUACUCCCAAUUUGGAGGCAACAAGUAUUUUUUUUUUUUGUUUCACAUGUUGGGAGAUGGAAAGCCAUUUAUUAGGUUGAUUUUCGGUUUUGUUUUCGCGCUAUAGCGAAUUAUUGAAAAUUUCCAUCCAAACCGGAUGCCGUUUGGAAAAUUGCCAAAUAUGACCAACAAACCCGUUCCGAUUCCUGUCUCGGAUGUUUCAUUUUAGAACCUUUACCUAAUUCACUAACUUUUAACAGCAAAACAUUUUACUAUUUUAUCAUUCCACUCUGUGUUAGUGUGUGGCUUUUAGUUUCCUUGUUCCUUUUUCCCUCCUUCUCCCCUCCCCCAACGAAUUUUCCUAACCCCCUACACUCAGAACGCGUAGAAUACAACCGCCCCAUAAUAAGGAAGGGUUUUGCAAAACGAACAAAGCAAGAGAGCAAGAGAAAUAACAAAGACAAAUCGUUGCAAACAAAACGGAAACACACGGAAACGUAACUGAAACAGAAGAAAAAAGUAAAACAAACGAACUCAAGAUUUCGAGUAGGAUUUAAUUUCCAGUAUUAUCUAGUCGUGCAUUAUAUAGUGUUGUAAAAAUGAAAACAAGAAAAGGAAAUCGAAAAAAAAACGAAAGGAACCAAGUGCAGAAGUUAAAUUAAAGAAAACCCGAAAGGCACGGUGUCGUUCGUGAUGAAACAAAUGAAACGUGUAAAGCACAGCAAAACCAAAAGUUGUGUUUCGCAUGUUUUGUGUCUGAUCGGACAGUGCACGAUCGUGCGUUCUUUAGAAGAAAGAAGUGAAAUGAAGCAAAACUAUUCUGCAAAAGAAGUAUGAAAGGUUGUGGGGGAGGGAGGGGGGGAGGGAGGGGGGAGUUGCGGCAACAAAGGAAGAAUGAUAUAUAUGUAAAAAAUCUAUAAGGAAGAGAACGAAAGCGAGAGAACAGUCGAAUGAUGUCGAAAUCAUAUGUAAGAAAACAGUUACUGUAGCACCUGUCCUUUUCUUUUGUUUAUUCGUCGACCGCGUUUUGUGUUUAUGUUACGUUUUAUUUUAAUUAUUAAUAUUAUUUUAAUUGUACGCAAAAUAAACUAGCACGCUUCCCAAGCACGUUAUACACAGCAAAGCAAAAUCAAAACAAAUUAAAUUCAAAUUGUCGAUUUGAUUUUGGUGCGGGAUGGAGACGCAAAACAAAAAAAGGCAUUCUGGUAAUGUAUUUUGUUUGGCAUUAAAACGGUUGUGUUGAUUUAGAUUUGUUUUUCCUUUUUUUUCGUCUCUUUAUUCUCCUUUUCCUGCUAACUAUUUUACCCACCAACACACACACACACAUAAUGAACAAAUGAAGAAAAAUUUAGUAACUGAAAAUAGUUGAGAGUUGCGGGUAGUGGUCUAUCCAUCGGUGUCUUAUACGUGUUGUUGUUUUUUUUUUAUUUUUCAAUUCACCUUUGGCACAACAUAGGGUGGAGCAUGAGAAGCGGAAAAUUAUUAUUUUAUUGUAAGCUUAAGCUAAAUAUUCUGUCGACCUAUCAAAGCGAACGUGCAAGAAAAGAAAGAGAGAGAGAGAGAGAGAGAGGAUGUAUAUGUAUGUUUGUAUGUAUGUAGCGAUGUAGGUAGGUAGCUAGGUAGUUAAGUAGGAAGAGAAGAAAAGAAGGAGGGGGUGGGUGGGGGUAAAGGAAGGCGUCGAAACAUAGUGCCGGAGCGAAAGAGACGGAAGAAAAUCCCAUGACGCUUUAAACGACAACAAAAAACCAACAAUAUGCACACACACA